AAGAGCCCAUUGAAAUAAGCAAUUUGUAAACCCUAAGGCCUAUCUCUAGAUUUCCCAUAGCAACUCACAUAGAUUCUCUAGUAAAAAAGCUUUUGAUCCGAUCAAAGAAGUCAUUAUUGGUAAUAAGAUCAAUCAAAAUCUGAGAGAUCGUCUACUAAAUCUAACUUAAAAAGCAUUGAACUUUUCUCUCUAUCUCCUUACUCUGUUUUCUUCUGGUCAACCCCCACGAGAUUCCUUCUUAUGUAGAACAAAUCUGAAUUGUAAAGAGAGGAUUUUUCCGAGAUGGGUCUCUUCGAAUCGGUGAAAUCAAUCGAUUGGGAACAAGAAUCGUACCCAAAUUACCAAGAUUUGGGGUUUUUGCCUCUCUUUGCAGUGUUCUUCCCUUCUAUUCGAUUUCUACUUGAUAGAUUCGUCUUUGAGAAAUUGGCAAAUCUUGUGAUCUAUGGAAGGAAGAGUACGAAUAAGAGUGACAACACAAAAGAGAGGAAGAAGAAUAGUCGAAAAGUACGAAAAUUCAAAGAAUCAGCUUGGAAGUGUAUUUACUACCUCUCAGCUGAGCUACUUGCUUUAUCUGUGACAUAUUAUGAGCCUUGGUUUUCAAAUACUCUCUACUUUUGGAUUGGUCCUGGAGAUCAGAUUUGGCCUGAUCAACAGAUGAAGUUAAAGUUGAAGUUUUUAUAUAUGUUUGCUGCUGGUUUCUACACGUACUCGAUAUUCGCGUUGGUUUUCUGGGAAACAAGACGGUCUGAUUUUGGAGUUUCGAUGGGUCAUCAUAUCACAACUCUUGUUCUCAUUGUCCUCUCCUACUUCUGCAGAUUAUCUCGCGCUGGUUCUGUUAUUCUUGCACUUCAUGAUGCGAGCGAUGUGUUCUUGGAAAUUGGGAAAAUGUCGAAAUAUUGCGGAGCUGAGACGCUGGCGAGUAUUUCGUUUGUUCUUUUCGCUUCGUCUUGGGUCGUUCUACGUCUCAUUUACUAUCCUUUUUGGAUCCUGUGGAGCACAAGCUAUCAAAUUAUUAUGACUGUGGACAAAGAAAAGCAUCCUAUCGAUGGGCCGAUUUUGUACUAUAUGUUCAACACACUUCUGUAUUUUCUGCUUGUUCUUCAUAUAUUCUGGUGGGUUUUGAUUUACCGGAUGCUUGUGAAACAAGUACAAGAUCGAGGCAAGCUUAGUGAAGAUGUUAGAUCCGAUUCCGAAAGCGAUGAUGAACACGAGGAUUGAUUACAUGUUGGGAAUACUCAAGAGACUUCAGAUUCCAACAUCAAGCCAGAUUCAGUGCAGGAUGGUUUUGCUAGAAUAGAUUGGUUUCUCAAUCUGAAUUUUGAGUUCAAUUCUCUAUAAAGUUUGAGCAAAUUUAAGAUUUUGAUUAGACACACUGCUCAAACUGGUUCACUUAUUGUUCACUUUUCUUCUAUAGUUCUAAAUUAUGGACUUCAUUUAUGCUUUUGCAAUAACACAAAAUACAAUCCUUGUAUCCUUUCGUAAA